CUCCUCGCUCAGGACGCAUCAUGGCACAGCUCCGGGUCUGCGCGCUUCUCCUCCUCCUCAUCAUCACCAUCGCUGUAAAGUGUGAUUCGGGGAUAUCCACUACAUUAGGAGACUCUGUCAAACUGACUGCGAGUAAAAACUGCACCGGUGUCACAGAAUCCAAACUUAUGACUGGCGAUAUCACUGUGCCUGUGGCAAAGCUUGUUAACGGGACCUGGAUGGCGCAACCAGGUUACGAGGGCCGAAUUAAACACCAUUCAACGUGUUCUCUCGUCUUAACCCAGUUGAACUAUAACGACAACGGAUUGUUUGAGUUCUUCUGCGGCGGCUCAGUUGUGACUUUGACCCAGCUGGAGGUGGUUGUAUCCUACAAGUCUGUGCCCGAGGGAGGACAAGCCACUCUUCCCUGUCAUUCAUUGACUGCACGGAGACCUGCCCAGCUUAUAAGAUGGGAAAAAGACGGAGCGCUUGUGAUCGAGUGGGACCCUUCCUCCGGGGGGAUCAGGUAUGGCGCGGGCUUUAAGGGGAACGUGUCCAUAUCACCUGAGCGGUACUUGAGUGGAGACAUCUCGCUGACUUUGGCGCGGGCUCAGCCGGAGGACCAAGCCGUUUACUGGUGUUACACCCAAGAGAAAGAUGGAAGGAAGCAGCGGGGAAAUCCUGCUGCUGUGAGGCUGAUCAUCGAGAGACCCCCAGACCAGAUCCUCUCCACCCCCCCGCAUCCCCCCUCUUCACAGACCCCCUCAGAGAUGGGAGAUUGGACCAAUGUUGGAAUAGCAGCUGGCGGGAUUUUCAUCGCAUUAAUAUUCUUUUUCUGUGGCUGGGGGGCCAGAUCCUACCGAUUGAAUGGGUCACCUUGUGGCGGAUCAGAUGUGGAGACACCCUCUAACAGCAACAAGUUGAGCCUCAUCCUCGAGUAUAAGAGGGGAACAGAUGAUUGAGUUUUGAUCUGAACUUCACCUCUGGCCCGGAGGGAAGACUUUUGUUCUUUAUGAAAAUGAGUGUUUUUAAAUGAGUGUGUGCUGAACAGACUGAAUAUUUUUAUUAUGUGAAUGUAACUUAAAUGUGAUUGUUUGCCGGUACAUCCGUCACGAUGAAUUAUAUUUAAUACAUCUGUAAAGUAAAGCUGAUAAUAAAUAUACAUGUUUCCCUCCUGAAA